UUUGAAUACUGCAAAGACCACCUCUCUAUCUCUCUCUCUACUCUCACCAUGGAUCUUCUUCGUCGAAGCUUGGUUUGUCUUUUGAUUCUUACGUUAUUAUCUCCAACAACACUCUCAAUGCAGUUCGAGCUUCACUCUGGCCAGAUGAAAUGCAUAUCGGAGGAUAUUCACGAAAAAUCCAUCAGCGUUGGCAAAUACUUCAUUGUCAACCCUCACGAAGAUCAUCCUCUUCCUGAUUCUCACAAAAUCAUCGCCAGGAUGACGUCGCCAAAAUGGGAUACGCUGCACGAAGCGGAUAAGGUGGAGGCUGGAGAGUUCUCGUUUACUGCGUCUGAAACGGGUGAUUACUUUACGUGCAUCAAGGCCGUUGAUCAUAAGCCGGAGACCACGUUGACCAUUGAUUUUGUUUGGGCCUCUGGUGUUCACUCUACUGCCUCCAAAGAUUGGUCUAAAGUGCCAAAGAGGAGCCAAGUCAAAAUGAUGGAGUUGUCGGUUGAGAGGUUAUUCGACACUGUUGAGUCUAUCCAUGAUGAGAUGUAUUAUCUUCGUGAUAGGGAAGCAGAAAUGCAAGAGUUGAAUAGAUCCACAUAUUCGAAAAUGGCGUGGUUUAGUUUCUUGUCGCUAGGGAUUUGUUUAGCGGUAGCUGGUUUACAGUUUUGGCACUUGAAAUCUUUCUUCGAGAAAAAGAAACUGAUCUAAGUAGUACAUACUACAUAUACUCAAAUUGUGUUAAGACUAAAUAUCAUUAUUAAAAGCUAUAACUUUUAAAGUUUCGAGUAUACAACUGAAAACAUUUGAUGAUAAUACUGAA